AUGACACGGAACGUUACUCGUUUUUUUUCAGCGGUGCAAACUAUAGUGAUAUCUAAAGUCUCCAAUAAAGAAAUCAUCACUUGGAUUGAAACGAGAGCUAUUAUAACUGUGGGCUCGUUCAUACCCGACGAACAUCGCAAAACGAACUGUCAGCAAAUAAAUUUCUCAACACAGUCGGAGAUGGAGUGCAUACGGGUCCACGAAAAGCAGCAAACUUUAGCCUCGAUGUGGCGAACACCGCAGAAGCAGCAAACUAAUUCUUUGUCGACGACGACGCCACCAUCAUCAUCAUCACCGCAGAAACAGCAACCGCAGCAAGCUAACUCUUUGGCGUCGUCGAAGACACCACCAUCAUCAUCAUCACUGCCGCAGAGACAGCAACAGCAAACUAACACUUUGGCGUCAUUGACACCACCACCACCAUCAUCGUCGCAGAGGCAUCAACAGCACAUCGGUAACAAAUUAAUCGGUUUCCGAUCAUAUGUUCUUGACGGGUAA